AUGAAUCCCUCACUGCACGGCCUAGUUCUGGCCGCCAUCCUGGGCUUGGCCGGGGCCGUUCCUGGCAAUCUCAGGUCUUCUGCCCCCCGCGGGUUUACCGGCAAACUGCAAGGCCCGAGAAGCGUUGGUCCUAGGGGUGUUGAAGCUACGUUUGUCAAGGCGACCUUGGUCAACAGCGAUGAUGUCAGCGCGAGUUUCUACAGCAUCAAGGUAAAGGUGGGAACUCCACCCCAGGAAAUCGAUCUUCUUCUCAAUUCGAGGUCUGAUAUAACUUGGGUUCCUUCAUUGGAUUUCAAUGCCCGGAGAUCCAUCACAUUCUCCAAUAGAUCCUUGGGAUCUGUUGAUGUUGUCUAUGGAGACCCGACCGUCACCCCGCCGAGCUUGAUGAAGUUCCACCUUGAUUUGCAUGAAGAUGUCAUGACAAUUGGCGGAAUUUCGAUCCCCAAGCAGCGAUUCGGAAUUGCGAAACCUCAUGAGGGUGACAUCGGUGCCUUCAGUAUUGGUCCUAACCGUGAUCUUGGCUAUGAAGCAGGCAAGCCAUUCAACAGUGUCAUUGAUAAUUUGGCAGCCCAGAGGGCGAUUGCCAGCCGUACCUAUAGUCUCGAUCUGCGGGAUGAUAAUGAUCCCAAAGCUGGCCUCCUCUUCGGCGCUGCCAAUACCGGGCGGUUCGAGGGCAAGCUCGUCAAGCGACCUCUGGUGAAGGAUGAACUGGGCACUUGGGAACCUUCCCUCGUUCUCACGGGCCUUGGCCAGUCCAGCUCGAACGGCUCGGAGGAGGUUUACAGCGUCGACCCCAACCAUUCCACCUUGACGCUCGACACCUCUAACCAAUAUCUGCGACUGACUCAUGCAUUUGUUGAUCCUCUUCUACGCGAUAUGGGCGCUGUCAACAAUGGACAGGACGCGUAUACCGCUCCCUGUUCCCUGCGAAAUGGACCGGGAAGUUGGGACUUUAAGUUCGGCGAAGCGACGAUUAAGAUCCCGUAUAAAGACAUUAUCCAGGAUGCAGUCUUGGAAAAAGGCACACCAUUCUUCCAAGCGGCGUACAUCAGCUACGAUUUUGAUAACCGUCAAGUUGCUUUGGCCCAGGCAGCGGACUGCGAGGGCAAGGUUGUCACCUUUGGCAGCGGUCCAAACGCCAUUCCGGACCUAACCGGUUGCAAACCAGCAGUAAGGGCCGAUCCAUCUGGCUCCAAGCUAGGCCACACAACAAGGCUAUCAAACUCGACAACUUCGACCAACGGGGCUGAAAGAACGACGGUUCAUCCAACCAUGACUUCCACCAUUUAUGAAACCAGGGUCGCUACCAUCACGGCUUGCCCCACGACGGUCCAUAAUUGCCCUCUGGGCGCUGUCACUACAGAAGUCGUCACCAAAUUGACGACGUGGUGCCCUGGGAGUGAUACUGUGAUUACUCCUGAUUACUUGGCGGGUGCCAAGCAGCUUGUGGCGAAGCCGACUCCCGAACCGAGUCUGAUAUGCGACGACGACGAUGAAGAUGAGGAUAAUGGUGGAGCGUCUCACAAGUCUGGGGGUGAAGGCAACAACAAGUCUACAGACACGCCUGGCAACAACGGAAACAAGAACCAGAAGCCUCCCCCAUCUGGAGUGGACAAGGGUGCACCCGGGCCAAACGGAGGCAAGACCGGAGCUAAAGACAACAGACCCCCCCCAGAUUCGGUUGUGACUGCUGCUGGAGUAACCCUUUACUCUGUAGCGUUCUACAACGUGGCGUUUGCGAGUUUCCUCGCCGUUCUAUUCUUGUAA